UUGCCUUUUUUUUUUUUAAAGAAUUGUAGUAACCAUGGCAUCUCCCUCUUUAAGGUUAUGGUUGAGGGAAUUGGGGGGGAGGCUUUGUGCCUUGGGGGUUUUUGAACUUUAACCUCUGACAAAAGUAGCACGCAGGCACAUCAUUUCACAAACUGCUCACAAAGAUGACGAAAUCGUGUUUUAAUCGCUGCCAGCUUUCCCAGUAAACAUUAUUAGACUUCUGAAGCAGUCAGCGGCAGUCGUCGUCUUUUCCUUUCGGCUUGUCCCGUUAGGGUUUGCCACAGCGCGUCAUCUUUUUCCAUCUAAUCUUCCUCUCGAACACCCACUGUCCUCAUGUCUUCCCUCACAACAUCCGUCAAGCUUUUCUUUGGUCUUCCUUUUGCUCUCUCUUCCUUGGUACCUACCAAUUUCCUCACUCUCUCGCCUCUGAACAUGUCCAAACCAUCCAAGUCUGUACUCCCGAACUUCGUCUCCAAAACAUCCAACUUUGGCUGAGCUCAUUUCUAAUCCUAUCCAACCCCAACAUCCAUCAUUUCCGCUACCUCCAGUUUUGCUUCCUGACGUCGCUUCAGUGCCACCGUCUCUCAUCUGUACAUCAUGGCCGACCUCUCCACUUUUUUUUUAAUAAACUUUGCACUUCAUCCUAGCGGAUACUCUUCUGUCACAUAGAACACCAGACACCUUCCACUCGCUGUUCCGACCUGCUCUGACCCAUUUCUUCACUUCCUUACCACUCUCACCACCGUCAAAGCCGUCAAUGGCAGCGAGCGUUAGUUAGCUGUGCGCCAGCAAAGAGCAGAAAGCCUGAUGGUACUCACUAGCUUACAGUGGAUACUCCGAGAUUUAAAAAAAAAAAAAAAAAAAAAUCCACUGACCCCAAAAGAACUUGUGUAAAUCCAUUGAGAAAAUUUUGGGAGGGGUGUUGCGGCUUGACACGGGCGAGGCUGUGAUCAAGAUCGGCCGCCAGCAUCCGUCGGCGACGCUCUGCGUGAAAUUAAUCACAGCUGUGAUAGCGGAAAAGGGCAUUGCUAUCUGUUUGCGUUAAAUUUGGUGUUUAUAAUAACGACAACGUUCCAAUUUCUGGCAGCAUUUUGGCGGUAUUUUCAUUUAUAUUUUCACUUUGUUAAAAUUUCUCAGAGAAGCAUUCUGUUAACCACGGCAUUGUUAUAACGUAGGCAUACGUGCACAUAUGUUAGGGAGCGCUCUGCACGUUUUGCCCGUAUGCCCAAAGCCUCGGAGCGAAAAGAUGAACAUCGUGCCAGAGAAAUUGCUAAAAACCACGGGGUGGAAAAAAAAAAAAUGUUUCUGAUGGGCGUCACUUAAAAAAAAGUGUAAUCGUGCAAAUAGGAACGAAAAUGGUAUCAACAUGUCUCACCGACCACAUGCAAAAAGUGGACACUGUGCACUCUGUGUUUCGACAUGAUCGAUUAUGGAAGCCGAGGACCAAAAAAUAUCCAUGAGCAUAUCCAAACCAGGAAACACAGGUAAGUUGGACCGCAAAUUUCUCAAAUAUUUUAUUGACAACUGUUUAAUACGAUUAGGCCUAUCUGUGCCACUGGCCCUGUACAACACUCAUUUUAUUCCUCACUUGUAUAUUUCAUGAUCUUUCUCUCAUAUUUAUUUUAUAAACAAAUUGUGUGCAGAUUUCUGAAGUAUAACUUGUAAGUGCAGUAGCCUAUUUGAUAUAGAUUUCACUGUCUACAUUUUUAUGUCUGGCUAAGUUUGGACUCAUAUUUUAAGUUUUCAAAAUGUUAUGAUUGGCCUGUUAGAAGUAACUAGAGGUCACAAUUUAACAGUGUGAUUUAUUUCAAAAAUAUCUAAAAAUAUUCGUGCCAAAGGCAGACAUUUUCAGUGUUUUUCCAAAUUGCUCAUUCUCAUCCCUGACAAGGGGUGGGGUUUGAGAACAUUAUAUGGAAACCGACCCCCCCCCUCCCCAAAAUAGUCCUAGCGACGCCUCUGUUUGCCGUCAUCAGCUUUUUGCGUGGCUUGAAAGCAAAUAUGCAUCUUUCCGCUAGGUGGCAGCAUAAACUAAUCGAAGGGUUAAACUCACCACCUGUGAAAUGAGAGCAACUUGGACCUUGAGCACAAAUCUACAAAAAAAAAACAAAACAAAACAAAACGUUUUGUAGUUUUGUGUUGGGUGGAACAACACAGCAGGAAUGGAAUCUCAGCCUCCGGAAUCCAUACCCAAAAAAAUACAAUAAAACCUGAAAAAGUGAAACUGAGAGAUUUUGUGCCCAAAACUUCACUUUCUGUGAAGAUUUGAAACUGUCGGAAGAAAAAUCUUGGCAAAAAUUCAAAGUGCUUAUCUUUGGACAUUUUCCAGCUAGCUCUUUAAUUGAGAUGUAAAGCACAAUAAAUCUAUAACUACUUGAAUAUUCAGUUUUUAAGAAGUGAGUAAUGCAGCUCGAGAGACAGGCAAGGGCUUAUUACAAGUUAAUUACAUCAGUUGAAAUACCCCCCCCAAAUUAUCAGUCAUGUUGAUCCAAAGGAUAAUAAUAUUUAUUGCAACAACUGAUUUGUAGCCCUGCAGCAAGGUUACAUUGCAAUUCCAAUGCGUCGCGUGGAACCUGUUCCCGAUGUUGGUCCGCAACGCUCGGAGGCCUUCGCUUCUCCUGAAGACCCUCGUUGUUGUUUCUAGCCACCUGGUCCCCCUCCGGCGGGGUUUUGAACUUUUUCCUCUGUGUGUACGUGCAUGCACGCGCGUGUCUUUUCAUGACGCAUUAGCGGACUGGCAGGUAGUCGGAAUGUCGGGGGGCGGCGUCCCGCAUCCGGAGGGAUGGAAGCCGCGGGGCGCUCGGCGGAGAAGAAAGAAGAUGGAAGCCGGCUCGGAUUCAUUUUCAUGUAUCCAUCCAUCCAUCCAUUUUCUGCGCUGCUUAUCCUCGCAAGGGUCGCCAUAGUGCCGGAGCCAAUCCCAGCUCUCUAUGAACUGGUCGCCACCCAAUCGCAAGCCACAUACAGAUAAACAGGCCCACUCACAAUUACACCUACGGGCAAUUUAGAGUGUCCAAUUAAUAUUGCAUGUUUUUGGGAUGUGGGAAGGAAACUGCAGCGGCCACCCGGAGAAAACCCACGCAGGCACGGGGAGAGCAUGCAAACUCCACACAUGCGGGUCCGGGAUCGAACCCGGGACCUCCGAACUGUGAGGCCAACGCUUUCCAGACCAUGUGGGAACCAACAAUCCAGUGAAUGAGAACCAAGACAACACAGUGAUCUCACCUUCAGGAUAAAUUUCCAGCGUACCCAACCGUCAAAGAAAGAUCUCCAAACUGUCGGCAUGAGCGGCCUGGCGGGCAAGCUGGACCCCCGCCGGGUCCAAUGGGGCGCCACGUGGCACACCGUCACGUCCCGCUUCUUGAGAACCAAGCCCGUGGAGUCCAUGCUGGAUUCGGCCACGUCGGGCACGGGUCCGCACGGCACCCGGCUGGCCCGCGUGCUGUCCACGGUGGACCUGGUGUCCCUCGGGGUGGGCAGCUGCGUGGGCACCGGGAUGUACGUGGUGUCGGGCCUGGUGGCCAAAGAGAUGGCGGGUCCCGGCGUCAUCGUGUCCUUCAUCAUCGCCGCCGUGGCCUCCAUUUUGUCAGGGGUGUGUUACGCCGAGUUCGGCGUGCGCGUGCCAAAGACCACCGGCUCGGCUUACACGUACAGCUACGUGACGGUGGGCGAGUGCGUGGCUUUCUUCAUCGGCUGGAACCUGAUCCUGGAGUACCUGAUUGGCACGGCGGCGGGCGCCUCGGCGCUCAGCAGCAUGGCCGACUCGCUGGCCAACCACAGCAUCAGCGGCUUCAUGACGACGCACAUCGGGACGCUCAACGGCUUCGGUAAAGGAGAGCAGUCGUAUCCGGACCUGGUGGCGCUGCUCAUCGCGCUGCUGGUGACGGUGAUCGUGGCGCUGGGGGUGAAGAACUCGGUGGGCUUCAACAACGUGCUGAACGUCAUCAACCUGCUGGUGUGGCUCUUCAUGAUGGUGGCGGGCCUGUUCUUCGUCAACGGGGACAACUGGGACCACGGCCGCUUCCUGCCCUUCGGCUGGUCGGGGGUGAUGCAAGGCGCCGCCACCUGCUUCUACGCCUUCAUCGGCUUCGACAUCAUCGCCACGACGGGCGAGGAAGCCAAGAGCCCCAACACGUCCAUCCCGUACGCCAUCACCGCCUCGCUGGUCACGUGCCUCACGGCGUACGUGUCGGUGUCCGUCAUCCUGACCCUGAUGGUCCCGUCCGACGAGAUCGACGCCGACGCGCCGCUGAUGGAGAUGUUCGGCGCGCACGGCUGCAUGUUCGCCAAGUACAUCGUGGCGGUGGGCUCCAUCGCCGGGCUCACCGUCUCGCUGCUGGGUUCGCUCUUCCCCAUGCCGAGGGUCAUCUACGCCAUGGCGGGCGACGGCCUGCUCUUCAAGUUCUUGGCCCACGUGUCGUCCCACACGGAGACCCCCGCCGUGGCGUGCGUGGUUUCGGGCUUCCUGGCGGCGCUCUUGUCCCUCCUGGUCAGCCUCCGAGACCUCAUCGAGAUGAUGUCCAUCGGCACGCUGCUGGCCUACACUCUGGUGAGCCUGUGCGUGCUCCUGCUGCGUUACCAACCCGAGGGCGACAUCCACGGGUUUGUCAACUUCCUCUCGGAGGAGCAGAACGUCAAGCGGAAGGAAGGCGUCCUGGCCGAGUGCGAGAAAGACGGCCGCUCUCCGAGCCGCGAGGACGCCGACGAGCCCACCAACACGUGCGGCGCCAAGAACCUGCCGUCGCUGGGCGACAACGAGAUGCUGAUCGGCAAGCCCGACAAGAACGCCUACGCCGCCGGGCACCCCAACUACGGCACCGUCGACAUGAGCAGCGGCAUCGAGGCCGAGGAGUCGGAGGGCGGCGUGACGCGCCGGCUCAAGAAACUGCUGGGGCCCCGCUACUACACCCUGAGGAUUCGACUGGGACUGCCGGGGAAGAUGGACCGGCCCACCGUUGCCACGGGGAAGACGGUCACCGUCUGCGUGCUGCUGCUCUUCGUCUUCAUGUUCGCUUUCUGCUCCUUCAUCAUAUUUGGCGCGAGCGGCAUCGCGGCCGGUCGCUGGUGGGCCCUGCUCCUCGUCGUCCUGCUGCCGGCGGUCCUGGCCCUGCUGGUGGGCGUCAUCCUGCAGCAGCCCGAGAACCCCAAGCGGCUGCCCUACAUGGCGCCCUGCGUGCCCUUCGUGCCCGCCUCCGCCAUGCUGGUCAACAUCUACCUCAUGCUCAAGCUGUCCGCCAUCACCUGGAUACGAUUCUCCGUUUGGUGUCUCGUGGGCGUGCUGAUCUACUUCGGCUACGGCAUGUGGAACAGCACCCUGGAGAUCACGGCCCGCGAGAACGAGGCGCACGCCUCCACCUACCGACGCUACGACCAAGGCGUGGACGAGGGCUUCUGCGGCUUCGACGACGACUUCUACCCGCCGCCCGAAGUCACGUCGCCGGGCGCGGCGGGCAGAGCCCCGCGGGCGCGGCCGGAGAGCGACGGGACGCCCGUUCGGAGGCCGGCAGCCGCCCCGGAUGAGGAGGAGGACCCCGUGGAUUUCUGACCUUUCCCCGCCACCCCCCUCCCUUUUUAUUUCCCGCUACCGUCAUGAGCGUUGGGCGGGUGAGCGGUUGCCGGGCACGCGUGCAUGCUAGCAUGUGGGUGGGUUGCUGUUUGUGUAUGCGAGCUGCGUGGGCAAAAUCCCCCCCCCCCCCCGCUGCCUUGCUCGCGGUUUCGGCCCCCGAUAGCAAAAUGCGGACGUAGCGGGAGGAGAUAAGCGGCCGGGCGCGAUGCAACGCCGCGGAUCGCGGCGUUCGACAAGUCGGCACGUCUUUUUAUCGGAAGAAAUAUGUUCAUAAAAAUUCAUUAAAAAAAAAAUGUCACACGCAGGGCUGGGCAAAUUUUUGCUCAAGUGGCCAUAUUUGAUUGGCAAAUUGGAGUCAUUUGGAAAAAAAAAUAGCUCAGGUUUGUUAUUUAUUGUAUAUUUACACUUCAGAAAAUUAUAAUUAAUUCACCAAUUUAAGCCAUAAAUUACAAUAAAUCAAUUGACAAAUGAUUUCAUGACAUCAGUGAAAACAAAAAUAAAAACAUGUUAAUUAUUACAUAAUUGAACAGUUUUGUGAAUAAGGUAUUUCAUUUUCAUUAUUUUGUUUUAUUUAGAUUUCAUGAAAUUUGAACAAGUUAACCAAAUAUUUGAUGCAGAAAUGUUGUGUAUUUGUAAAAUGUUUUUGUUUUAUUAGAUAUAAUCAUAUCAAUUCAUGGGAACUAAAAUUGUUUUUAAAUAUUUAUAAAUUUAAGUACAAUGAAGAAAUUAUUUGAUUUAAAUAAAUGUAUUUUUCACUGUCGUUCAACAUUCAGGUGAUUAAAAUAUUUAAAAUAAACCGCUAAACUAUUUAAGAGAUAUGAAUGAAUAAAAUCAAUCAAUGCAAAUAAAUUGAUACAUUUUAAUCGAUUCAAAGAAAAAAUGAUGGAUACUCCUUUUUAUUUAUUUAUGAUGAAUGAAUUAAAUUAUAUUUAAAUUAAAAAUCAUUUACUUAUCGUAUCAUAUUUUGAUCAUUUACAAUAAAUUGCUGAACCAAUGAUUUAAUUCAACGUUUUAAUGUUUUGCUGGCGUUUCUCAUGCAUUUCAUGUUGGAAAAUCGAAUGGAAAGAUGACGCUGGCAGGAAAGGGCAAAAGAAAGGUGAGAAAUAUUCCAGGAUUCUUUAUGUUAGCAAUUUCAUUUCAGGAAUAUUUUGCCCAGCCCUGCUUCAUCCCAAACGCGCCGAAAGCGUCGACCUUCUCACACUUCCGCACUCGGACUUUAGCCCGCGAUCCUCCCUUCGCGUUCCGCGUCGGGAGCUUUUCUUUGUCCUUCGCCGUCGCUCGGCGUUCGAUCCCGUUUCGUCGGGUGCGCCGACGUUUGUUGCGUUCUGCAUGUCGCGCUCGCUUCCUGUCGAAAGUGAAGGCGAGGUUUUAUCGGAAAAACUAGAUGUCCCGGUUUUUGGGUUUCUUCCCGGUCUUUUGUGUGCGUGUGCAUGCCUUUUGCGAGAUACUCUGCACUUCUCGAUCCUUCCCGGUUGCAUUUUUUUUUUUUUUGCAUCUCCGCCUCUUCAACUCUUUCAUGCGGGAUUAUAAAUCUCGAUUAUGACCCGACAAGUCGGCACUGCCUUCAGGUAUCGUCGUGAAUUGCUAAACCGCAAACUCUCUGGGGUUUUAGUCCGAGAAUUGACUCCGCUACUUGGCGCUGUUGAACUUUUACUGCGGUCAUGACGUCGUAAUUGCCGUCGAUAUUUUUGUGAAAACACUUCAAGGCCAAUAAUUAAAAUCUACGGCGCUGCCUUGAGAUACGAGUGACUCAACUCGAGAUCCGUUUUUCGUUCGGGUGAUUUUUCGCUUGGCUGAAGCUAAUCUCAAGAUCGCUUCUCGACAAUUCAAAACGUUUUGCCUCGAGGUACACUAGCUUAAUCCUAACACAUCAUCGGAAAUGACAUGGAAAGAAGGAGCGGAACAAUUUUCAUUGAGCUGAAAAAUCUGUGACAAAACUUUACUUGGUUCUUUUUAUUUAACUACAUCACGAUGUUUUCACAAUUUUAUUUUCUAUUUAAAGCAGAUAUUUUGUUCUUUUUUGGGGUUGGAGAGGCCGGAACGGAUUAGCGACAUUUCCAUUCAUUUCAGUGGCCAAAGACGAUUUGAAUGUUUUGACGUACAAGCACGGCCACGGAACGGAUUAAGCUCGUAUCUCGAGGCACCGUGACACGGCAGUGUGCAUCUAAAGGAGCUACGGUGGCAACGAGGGGUCAAAAAGGUUCCGAACGCAGCAACAAUGUUGAAAGAAAAAAAAAACAAUUGUGCAUGCUCGUAGCGAUUUGAUACCUUUAUCUUUAACCCCCCCACCUUGACCUUUGCACAUUCGAGUGCAAAAUUCAAUCAUACGUCGCUAAAGCUAAUGCUAACAAAUUUGGAGAAUGUACAGUACUAACUCAAAGUUGGAGAUUCGGCUGAUUUUUUUUUUCUUUUUUUUUUUUCUUAUUUUGGCUUUAUGUUCACUUUUUUUUUGGGGGGGGGGGCGUCAGCGGUCCCUGCAAUUCGUCCCCGUGCGUCCGUCUUUGCUGCAUCCGUUCCCUUUUCUCAAGGUGAAGCCUUAUUUGUCGAACGCACUAAAUCGAAGGAUGCCACGCCGACCACCCCCACCCCCCCCCCUCGCCUUAACCUCCGCUCACAUCUCACGGCGGUCCGAAUCCCCCCUCGUCCCCCCCACCCCCCAUUUCACACAGGGUUGAAAACGGACAACGAGACGCUUCACUUUCACUCCACCCGCGUACCUUAAU